UGAUUUAAAAGUUGAAACGAAUACGAAACCUGGAGACCGUGACGGGCUGUUUAUCAGUAGAGUGACUUUAUACAGAUUGUGGACAGCUUUUUUAGAAUAUUCCCAAUUUUUGAUUUCAACGCAUCAUCAAUUCAUUUGUCGGCCCAGAAAAACUAAAAUGAAGCAACGAGCGAGAUCGAACAGCAGUUCCUCACGACGUGUAAAAUCCAAAACCCGUUCAUCUAAGGAGAUCAAAACCUACAAGAUUCCACAAGCCAAACUGGAAAGAGCACUCGAGUUUCUACAUUCCAAACCGACACCGGCACGUAAUCACGUUAGGCCUUGUCAUGGAAACAUCGCAAACCGUGUCGGCUACAAUCGCAAACUAGAUAGGAGUAUGUUCGAUACAGCUAACUUGCAGGAAGUUGCAAGUCUCUGUGCCGAACGAGAGCAAUGGCCGGAACUUAUGAAAACCGUGGCAAUCAUGUGCGAAGAUCCACACUAUCAAGACGUUCAUGCAAUUCUAAGGAAUGCCCUUUUUGCCAUAAUUGCAGAUCCGACUUUGAACGAUCCAUCGUACCUGGAAGCUUAUUUGUAUUCUAACCCGGUUUGCAAGAAUCCGGGAGAUAUCAGCUACUGCAUAGAUAUGAUUUUGGAGGUUUUCCAGGGCAUUACGGUACGACUUAAACGACGAUACACUGUUCGUGAUGAAACGCCUCAAAUUACACGAUACUCCACUAGAAGUAUGCAACAAUCGAAAGAUAAAACGAGCGAAAUAUGA